AUGUUACCACAGCGAUGUGGGCUGUGCUAUGAACAAUGUGACCAUGUAUUGUGCACUGGCUAUGCCACACUAUCUCGAUAUGAAAUUUUCACAACAUGCUUAAGCAAAAUAAAUGCUGCAACAGUUAAUUUUCGUGAAAUGAAAGACGCGUGCACAAAACUGGUACCCGUCAUUCAGCAUUUUGCUUUCGAUUUUAACCCACUAACCGAAUUUGAUCCGACAGUACAUAAACAAGAUCGAAAAGCACAAGAAUACAUAGCUUAUUGUGAGGAUAUGUCGGAUGAUCCUAACGAUCAGAAAUUAUUCUCGGACAUCUAUGGGAUAUACCUUCAUCGCGAUUUAUGUAGAUGGUAAUGAUAAUUGCCUCUACAACGCAAUUUCCUCUCUCGCAUUAAUGAAUAAUGAUUUCACAAUUGAGCUUCGCGUACAAAACACCGGUGAGGUGAGCAGUUUUAUUAAUGAGCGUGUAACUUUUCAGAAACUUGAUUUUCACGCAGAGUACACAUUUUCGAGAGUCCUACGAUAAUCAUGAUUUUUACCUAUCUGUUUAAAAGGGUGUCCUCCCAUUUAGAUUUUCUUUAAGAUUUCCCAGUUUGUAGAGGAUACUUUGAAGUAUAUGUUCUGAAGUUGUUACGGCUUGCUGACAUUAUUUGUCUAUGAAAAAAUUUAAUUACUAAAAAAAUGGUGCUAAAGUUUUGAGCACAGGGCUACUAUUGCAGAAUUUCCUGGUCGUUUCUCUUUUAUCAUAAAAAUUUGGUUCUCAUCUAGAUCGAUAGAGAAAUGUGCGAAGAAUGUUUGCUAUGGGAGAGGAAGUAAAGGCUUUUGCCUUUUCCUUCGUGUUAAUAACUAAUUAGCACUUUGCAGAAACAUUUGUAUUGUCAACGGCCGUUACGACACUUUUUUGUCUAUAUUAUACAUAUCAAAUUACAGCUUGAGAAAUUCUCUAUCAGAUGCGAAAAGAAUGACUUGAUCAUCCUCUACUUUUUGUUGUUUACGAAGAAAAAUCCACAGAUGAGAAUGAUUUAAUUUCAAAAAGAUAAAAAACGCUUUUUUCUGAAUGAAAAAAAGUAAUUCCAUUGACUAAAAAUUAUACAACCGAAAAUGUCUGUUUGUCCGUUAGCAGGGGAGACGAAUAUCUUAUUUUCUCAUCCAGGAAGACACCUAUAGCCAUGAAACUUUCACAAUACAGCUAAUCGACUAUGGUGAAUCAGAAAAUCCCUAUGAAGUAUCACUAGGAUUGAUUUUCUUAGUCAAAACUUUAUUUCAAUUCGAGCGGAUUAAAAUGAUAUGGAAUAGGUAUUCGACUACAGAGGACCGAUUGAGAUGGGUUUCAGAGUUAUGGGCAAACUCUAGAUCGGAAGGUUUCUAAGGCAACUGUCUCCAAAGACAUUUCCAAGGUUUUAUUUUUUCUAUGCUGCUGUCUGAGUGAAAUAUUAAUCUUCGGGCUUUUGACAGCCAACAUCAGACCCUUGAAAAUCGAACCAGUUCAUUUUUAAGGUUUAAAGAUUUUUCGAUAGAAAAAAAAUGCUUUCUGACACUUUACCUUUAUGAUCUUUUCGUUAUGCCGUUAUUUUUCGAAUGGGACCUUAACCUAGUAGAGAAGACUAAAUUAACGUUAAUUAGUGCUAAUUAGUUAUUAACACGAAGGAAAAGGCAAAAGCCUUUACUUCCUUUCCCAUAGCAAACAUUCUUCGCACAUUUCUCUAUCGAUCUAGAUGAGAACCAAAUUUUUAUGAUAAAAGAGAAACGACCAGGAAAUUCUGCAAUAGUAGCCCUGUGCUCAAAACUUUAGCACCAUUUUUUUAGUAAUUAAUUUUUUUCAUAGACAAAUAAUGUCAGCAAGCCGUAACAACUUCAGAACAUAUACUUCAAAGUAUCCUCUACAAACUGGGA